GAACAAAAUGAAAUCACUCCUUUCAAAAAUAAAAAAACAAAAAUGAAAUCUGUGUUCCGAAAAACGAUCUCUCUAAUCCCUCUGAAACCAGGGGGCCAAUUUAAACUGUUAAACCCUAACCCCGUCUUCCAUAUCGCUCUCCUUCGUGCUCGAAAUUCACCAUUCCUUCCUGACAAAGUUACCGUUUCGGCUCCAUACUGUACUUCAAUGGCGGACGGUGGUAUCGGCGCCCCCCUCUCCCCUUCCUCGGAGAAGCUGGACAAGCAGUUCGAGGACUUCAGGAACUGUCUUCAAGAAUCUUCCGUCUUGCGCGAGCGGAUACGAGCUGUGGCUAUGGAGAUCGAGUCGGCCGCUCGGCUCAUUCAUUCCAAUCUCCUCCUGGUUCACCAAUCUCGCCCUGUUUCUGAGGUUUUAGAGAAAGCAAAGGGUCAAGUGGAAUUAUUGAAGCAACAUUAUAGCCAUCUUUCUGAAAUUGUUCAUGAAUGCCCGGGACAGUAUUAUAGGUAUCAUAGUGACUGGAGGACGGAGACUCAGACAGUUGUGUCAUUGCUAGCUUUUAUGCAUUGGCUGGAGACAGGGGCUCUUCUGCUGCAUAACGAAGCUGAGGAGAAACUUGGCUUGAAUGUGUCUGAUUUUGGAGUGGAUAUUGAAGAUUACCUUACAGGCAUUUGUUUCAUGUCUAAUGAAUUGCCAAGAUAUGUGGUGAACCGAGUGACAGCUGGGGAUUAUGACUGCCCCCGCCAGGUUCUGAAGUUUGUGACAGAUCUUCAUGCUGCAUUCAGAAUGCUUAAUCUGAGAAACGAUUUCUUGCGUAAAAAGUUUGAUGGGAUGAAGUAUGAUCUCAGGAAGAUUGAAGAAGUUUAUUAUGAUGUAAAGAUCCGUGGCUUGGCAACCCCUCAAGUUCUGGCAGAAACCGAAGGAGCAUCAUGAAGUUGUGGAGAAACAUGAUUUGCUGUCUUUUGUAAUCUCUCAUCUUCUCCCAGAGUUUUGGAUCAAUGUAAAGAUCUGCAUUCCUGAAUUCUCAAAAACGCUGAUUCACUUAGUCCCGAAUGUAUUAACAAGGUCAGUUGGUCCUGAGUUCAUCUAUACAAUCGUUUUGAUUAACUGCCGCAAAACAAUAUCCAACUUCCUCUCCUUUUCUACUUAUUUUAUGUGAUGUUUUUUCAACCCUCCAUUGUCAAUAGAUGUGUUAAUGGUUC